AUGAAGGGCCCGCAGAAUUCUUUAUUGCCACCUCUUGGUUUCGCCACCUUCCCAUACGUAUUUAUCAGCCCUCACCUUGAUCAUGAACGUCUCACUUGCGGCCUUUUGUGGAAUAGUUUCUCGUGUGAGCUAUUCCGUACAUUCGAAAAAUGCACCCCUCCGCAAUACCUCUAUUCCUCAGAUCUCCGAUACAUCGUUUUAAUAGCCUUUGCCGAUGUUCUUUGA